GACGCAUUUUCUGAUUGUUUCUGAAAGUCUUCGGUUCAGAGAGUUUACGAUGGAAAAAUAUUCGUCACUAGUGACAUUAAAGUUUCAUAAUUUUAGGCUCAUUCUUCGCUGGAUUAGUUUAGCUUUUUGUCAUAACCAUCAUCCUUACUAAGAAUGGUUUUGUCUUGUUGUGGAGUGCUUAUGGAUUUACGAAGCUUUUGAAGACAUGGUAGAAUCAGUUUCUCAUUUGGUUACAAGUUACUUUUGACAUAAGAGAAUUCCCUAAAAAAAAUCUAAUUCUUACAAUAUUUUGAAAGUGUGAGAUGAAUAGUGUAGUAAGAAUGCUUUGGUUAUUAAUUUUGUUAACAGCAACAAUGUGUGCUCCUGUGACCAAAGAUCCGUACGAUCUCUUGGUUAAAACGGGAACUAACAAUUCCAGAGAUACUGAUGCUGGGGAAGAAAAUAUAGAUAAGCUUGUUGGAAUACUUGAAUAUUUAAUCACAGAAUAUAAGCAAAAAGACGGGCAACUGACACUGAACAAAUUAUAUGACAUUGAUGUUGGUCAACUUUUAGACCUUUUUGAACAUUAUUUGCGUUAUAAAGAGGCUGAGAAAUUAAAAGGUGAGGUCGAUAUGGAUAACGAAACGGUUACUACUGGAGGCCCAGAUUCCAUAGUGGAAAAUGGCUACUUUAAAGCUGAUAUGAAAAAUUUGUUUGAAUAUGUUGAUGCCAAUAUCGAAGAAAUUUUAGAUGAACUUGUCUCUGCUAUUGAAAAAGACACCGACAUAGACGCAGAUAAUACAAACGAACACAGAGGUAGAAACGGUGACACAUCUUCCGAUAUGCUGGAAGCUAAACUACAUGCUGUUGAAGAACUCGUCGACGUUGUGUUCAGUCCCGAAACUCAGUUGGAGCAGUCUGAUAAAAUCCUGAAAAGGGAACCAUCUUCUACAGAUGUACCGAAAGAAGCCCCGCUUGUCGAUGUCGAGCUUGACGUUGGAACAAAGGAUACUCAUAACUCUGACGAGUUCAAUAUGCGACGCAUGUAUGAAAAACGCGGCGCCAUCUGCACUCUUAUUACUGGGUACAGUAAAACGCCUAUUUACGUCAUCUCCACGUGCCGGUUGGGGUUUGUCCGUUCUAACAUCUGGGAGCUUUGCGAGAAUAGAACACCAUUUUCUCCUCGUAUGCACCAGGAGAGCAUUAUUGAUAUCAGGCAAACUCCAGUUCAGGAUCAUGAAGGUUUCGUGUAUAGGAAUGUAUACUGCGCUCAAUGCAAUGACGUCACUAUUGUGCAGGCGUGGACGACAAAAAUUGAUUGCGAACACAUGCAGCCGUUGUCACUGUCUGAUGGAACUGAUCAAGUCACAUUGAUGAAAGAAUUUACUGCCAGUUCAAUGGGAUGCGUGCGCAGGUUAAAUCCCGCAGUUUCCCGGAUGAUACACCAGUGUUCUCAUAUUGACGUCAUCAGUACAAUGCGCUACCACACAACACGAAUCGGUGAUGGAAGCAGAACUGAUAAUUCGCCGUUUCCAUUAUCAUUUUCUAUUCUCAUGAAUUUCGGUUUCGAUGGAAAAACACACAUACUCUUUUCAACGACAGCAAGUCCCCAGAGCGUGUCAGUCACAUGUAAUGUAAAUGAGAAAUACGAUCCUCUGUUUCAAAAAUGUCGUCCUAUUGUUUGCUACGAUGGAUAUCAACUAGUAGGAGGAACAUGUGAGAAGAUUUCUGACGACAAACCUUCUACCGAUCCUGAUGAUUUGUCCAACCUUAAAGAUACAGAUGAACCAUUACAGAUCAUUCUUACAAUUAAAAACAUCACGUAUGGAGAUAUUUAUAUGUUGAGAAUUGCUGGUAUAGAAAGUCUAGUCAUUGAAAACCUUGCAAAUAUGUUUAACAUAAGCAAAGUAAGAAUACAGAAUUUGACUUUAGGUUUGGUCAACUCAACAGAGCUAGCAAAUCGCACUGGGGAUAUAAUCGAAAUUCAUCGUUUCACGACCCCGCUUCCGUCUAAAUUAGUUUCUAAUGUCCAAACGUCAAAACAACUUGGUCAGCCUGAGUGGGGAGUUGAUAUAAGACCGACACAACCAACGGAAGGUUUGGCAACAAAACGGGAGCGUGAUCACACAAGGUCUGAUAAAGUUAUAAAUAGUCCUAUAAUUCAUCCGGAAAACGACGAGGGUUCGUAUGUGGUGUAUGGAUCUAAUAGUCAAGAAGGCAAUGUUGAAAUGCCAGAAAAACAGAAAGGACAAACGAAAAAAGAAAUGCAAUCAGAAUUAAGUAAUAAAAUGAAAAGUCCGGAAGAUUCUAAGCAAAUAAACGGUGGGGAUGAAAUUCACCAUGAUGAUAUGUCAGGUGGGUGGACAGACGUUACUGAAUCUUUAUGGGACAAGAGCCCCGGAAUGUCGGUUCGAAUUUCGUUUGUUCUACAACCGGCACAUAAAAACAGAACUCUUCUUGAAAAAUCUGUCAAAACUGUUGUACAGUCCAUGAGUAAUUUAAUAAACAGCAACACUUUCAGUUUGACAAUAAACGGUACAAACUUUAAAGUACAGGCUGUAGAAAAUACACCUCAUGGAACGUCAAUAGAUGAUUUUUGCAAAAAAGGUGUGCAUCCCAUGUUGGAUGAUGCUGAAUUUGACAUCAGUAACGAAUAUGAUAAUGCAACUGGAGAAAAUGUUACUGUCAUUGUAUUGAAAGAGACAGGUGAACGUUUUUUUCCAGGAGAAUAUGAUUUGACAGUGAACAUUGAAUCGCGUGUGGGUAAUCUAAGUCAGACUGAAAUAUCAAGCUUUGUUUUCGUCUGCAACAUGCCAAAAAUUGCAGAUGAGAAAUGUGGCCGUGUCGUCCUAAGUAAAGAUGAAUACCAUUUGUUUGAAAAUAAAUCGAUAGGAUUCGCAAACCGUACAUACAAUAUGAGCGAAUAUGCAUAUGUUGACGUACAGGCAGGAACAGUUGGAAUCUGCACUCCAUCGGAUUGGGUUGCCGUUGAGAGGAUUUACGCCGCUGGAAAAUGGACACUUGCUUGUGGCGAGGAUCUCGUCAAAGUUGUUAUUGCUGAGAGUUACCUAACUUUCAUUCUCGGAGUUAUCUCCCUUAUUUGUAUGCUAUCUGUGUUGAUAACAUAUGGAUUAUUCGACAAACUAAGAAAUUUGCCAGGUGUGAAUACAAUGAAUCUUACAUUUUCUUUGUUUAUGGGAGAGCUGGUUUUUAUAACUUCUGGUUGGAUUCAGCCCCACCAAGCAUGGCUGUGUUCUGCAGUAGGUAUGUUGCUGCAUUACCUGUUCCUCGCAUCGUUCUUUUGGAUGAAUGUCAUGUCGUUUGAUGUCUUUAGAACCUUUGGCAAUAAGUGUAUCUUAACUCGAAUUCGCAAGAAAAAGAAAUAUCACCCGCGGUAUUUGCUUUACGCAUGGGGCAGUCCGCUUCUUAUAGUUACCUUCUGUGGAGUCCUAGACUUCACAGACCUCAUAGAUGGGGUAGACAUCGGGUAUGGUGGAAAAUCUGUCACUACCACUGGGAUGAGUCAAAACUCAGACCUAACAAAUUCUUCGGAUUCGGAUAUAUCCGGUGAUAGCCAUGUUUACAGCAUAGGAUGUUGGAUUCAGCAACCAGUUGCAUCAAUGGCUGCGUUUGGAGGACCUAUGAUUCUUAUUUUGCUAGGGAAUACAGUCAUGUUUAUACGGACGAUUAUUUGCAUUAGGGCAAGCACACGUGAUGCAAGAUCGAGCGUGCGCACAUCCUCCAUAAAGAAGCACAUGUCCGGAAGAGAUGACGUAAUGUUAUACAUUCGGAUGUCCACGGUUAUGGGCUUCACCUGGAUUUUCGGACUAGCUUCGUCUGUCAUAAGUGCAUUCGCUGGACCAUCUUCUCACGCAAUCUGCAUUAUAUUGCACCUUUUAGGGAUUCUUUUUAUUGUGUUUAACUGUUCUCAAGGAAUUUUCAUUUUCUUUGCCUUCCUCUUCAACAGAAGAAUACUGGCAAUGUACAAGGGGCUUAUUGAAAGAAUGAAGUCCGGCAGACCGAGACCAAUUUCUGUCUCUUCUAGCAGAGCAACUUUGGCGACUAAUGUAAGCCAAACAUCGUUGUCGCACGUAACAUAAACACCUGUAAUGAUUUAAAAUCAUGGAAUAUUCGUGUGCUGUGAAGUAAUAGUGAAUGUGCUUAUCCAUUUUGAUAUUUACUUGAACUGGUUUAAAAUCACGUGUAAACUUUUAAGCGAUUAUGUUCAUCCGUGUUAAAAGUUGCAAUGGUCUCGUAUCAAGUGGGGAGUUAUUGGAACCAGUGUAAAUGGAAUGACAGUUUGUGUCGCAUUGGUUUAGGAUAUGAAUUGGAAAUAUGACUGGUGAUCUUUAUCAGCUCAAAUAUAAAGUUUGUACUAAGAGUGUCAUUAGUUGACAUAUUUAUGUCUAUUUUCUCUUCUUUACCGUAUAUUUUAGCCAUUUUUUGUAUAUUGCAAAGUGGUCCUCUCAAACAGUAUGGCGAAAGAAGAUGGAACAGUAUGGAAUUUCAAGGUUCUUAAUUACUAACUGCAUUAAUGAGACAAAUUGCUAAGGUCUUGAAACAUACUUAAAAUAAUUAUUAGCUUAUCUUCCCUUUUUAUACUUCAUUUUACAUUUUUAUAACAUUGUUACUACUGACCAGAAUUUUAUUAAACUUAACGUGCAAGAGACAUAACUCUCGUUUAAAUAUCUUUCGUUUAUCUCCCCAUUUUUCACUUUUAACUUUGCUGAAAAUGGAACCUGAAUGAAAC